UUCAAAUCAAACGGUCAAAAUCUAUCCAACAACAACUCCACCUCCUGGGCAAGUUGGUGCAUCCCACCCUAGUCCCCACUAGGCCACUGACUAGGUCAUAAAAAUACCAUUACACCCUUCUUUUGAAAUAGAAAACAUCAUUUUCCAAGGGUAUUUUCGUUCUUUGACACACCAAACUCAGUAUAAAUAAUCGUAACCUUCCUCUCGACGAACCUUUAGCUACAAAAACCAUUUACUAGCGACACUUAGGGCGACAAAUAAUUCUUUCUCUUUCUUUUUUCUUCUUCCUUUCUUCGUUGCCAAAGCUUCUUCCAAACCAAAACUCCAUCAGAAAACUAGGUUUUGAGUCUCAAUUUUUCUUGCGAUGAUGGAAAAUUAGAUUUCCUUCGUCGCUAAAAAAUCGCGUCUAUUAGAUUUUUCAUUUUUACAGGCUUUUUUCUUUCACUCGGUUUAGUGUGAUGGGAUUUUGUAUUUGUCCCUUGGAGACUCCGGCAAGGUUGCUGUGGACUACAAGUUUUUUUCGCCAUAAGCUUAUGAUCUUUUAACUUAUACAAAACAAAACGCAGAAAUUUUCUGUGUAAAAAUCUCCCUUGUUUCUUAAGUUACAAAAUCUCUUGUGUCUGUUUACUGACCAAAUAUCGUCACCGAAAAGUUUGGACACAAAUUUUACAUACAUACACGUAUAGAUACAGUGAGAAGAGAAGGUACAGAAAAGAUGGAGCCUGGCCGUCUUUUCUUCAAUCCUUCAACACGCCACAGCAACAUGUUGUUCCUCGGAAACAGUGAACCCAUAUUUCGAGGGGCAAGAACGAUGAUUAGCAUGGAAGAUACCUCUAAAAGGCGACUCUACUUCAGCUCGCCGGAGGACUUUUACGAUGAAGAGUACUACGACGAGCAGUUGCCGGAGAAAAAGCGUCGCCUGACGUUGGAGCAGGUGCAUCUGCUAGAGAAGAGCUUUGAGGCAGAAAACAAGCUGGAGCCAGAGAGAAAAACCCAGUUGGCUAAGAAGCUAGGGCUGGAGCCAAGGCAGGUGGCUGUGUGGUUCCAGAACCGCCGGGCUAGGUGGAAGACAAAGCAGCUUGAAAGGGAGUAUGAUGACCUUAAAUCUUCUUAUGAUUCCCUUCAAUCAAAUUAUGACUCUAUUGUGAAGGCGAAUGAGAAGCUGAAAUCUGAGGUAGCUUCCUUGACUGAAAAACUACAGGCCAGAGAUGGGGCAAGAGAAGCAAUAAGAGGUCAAAAGGAUGAACUCCUCCCAGCUGAGCUGUUUUCCUCCUUCCAAUUCAGUGUGAAGGUUGAGGACGGUCAGAGUACCGGCAGUGCUGGGAGUGCGGUGGUGGAUGAGGAUGCUCCACAGCUUGUGGACAGCGGUGAUUCAUACUUUACAAAUGAUGAAUACCCCGGAUGCGUUGGCCCGAUCGAUGAUGAUGGCAGUGAUGAUGGUCGGAGUUUCUUCUCCAAUGUGUUCACAGCCAGUGAGCAGCAGCAUGAGGAGACAAUAGGAUGGUGGGUCUGGUCCUAAAGGAUCCUUUCAAUAAUAUCUGCACUGCUUUUAUGGUAUGUCAUGCUUUUAAGACAACAAGAAAUUACAAUGCGUUAUCAGGAAAACCAUUAAAAAAAAAAAACCAAAGAGUGAUGUCAGAAGUCAAAGUGUGUUGGGUGAAGUUAAUGAAUAAAAUUGUCUAAAGUUUGUUUUAAGUUUUAAG